AUGACCUGCUUCUUCCGGACAGACCUCCCACGGUCUGUUUUCGUGUUGGAUUUCAUGCUCUUGGUGGUAGGCGCAUUAGCACCUGUGCGUGGUUUGGGUGGCGUGGCGUACACUGCCACCGAUCCCGGCUCCGGCGGUUUUGUUCGUGUGUCUACGCGCCGUAAACCUCCGCCUCCAAACACCUUUGUGGACUUUGAUGUGCGGUUUGGCGUGUUGUACGAAGCUGGCGGCCACGCGAACCUUUCCACGCUCUUCUCCGUUUUCCGCCCCGUUGGCGUGCUCGAUGCCUUGCGGGGAUUCUACGUGCGACCGCAUUUUUGGAGGACUUGA